AUGACCGACCUCCCACUUGACAUUUUCACUUUUUAUCAACUCCGAUUGUUCCUUAUAGCCAUAAGUGUACACUGGAUAAAAACUUUACUUCCUGUUGAAAUUGCCGAGCUUAUAUUUCUACUUUAUGACCUUACGGAAGAAUUACGGCUUCCAAAAACACAACAAAGCCUACCGCUUCUUCAAAAAUCUUUACCAAUACGACCAAAAACCAAUGCCGCAACUGGACAACAUUUACCGAGAAAUCAAAAAGUUUUCCGCCAUUACAACUAUCAAACCCAAGCCACUACUUACUUCUACCGUGCUAACGAGCAAUUAGUUGGGCAAGUUAGAAAGCCUUUUUCAGAUAAAAAGCAUUUUCGCUUAGGCACUCGCUCCCUCAAUCCUUUAUCUUUACUAAACCUCGCCACUAAACACCAUAAAAAAGAAGCUUAUCUUUUCAAAAAACCAAAAAAACCAGCAGUUCAGUCUGAUUUUCAGGAAUUCUUAAUUAUCCGCUUACUCUUAAUGUGCAAAUCGGCUGAAUUUACCCAUAUUCCCUUGGAGCAAGACCAAGUUCCCAAAGAAACUGGUCAAUGUGCUGGCACUAUUUACACUCACUUCACCACCAAACCAGUCUUGCGUUUCACUUUUCAACCAGAACAAGCUACUGUCGUGCGGUCUUUUAUCGCUAAACUAGACACUUACGCCCUAGAAUAUGACAUGACCGAGAGUAAAGAUUUUACUGCUUACCCCAUCACCCACGACCACCAGCACCAAACCACUCAACAACUAGACGGUCUUUGUGGUUGUGAAAUCCGGGCUCGCAAUCAAUACUUAAAUAACUGA